GAAAUUUUCGGCUGAGAAUGUUCUAUCAAAGUGGCUAGAGUGAAUUUUUAAAUGUUAUUGAGGGGGCCUGUUAGGUGCGCUUCCGGGUGAAAGGUGAAGCAAUGGCGGGUGCGGCGAAUCUGAACGCGGUGCGGGAGACGAUGGACGUUCUCCUUGAAAUUUCAAGAUUGCUGAAUACUGGUCUUGACAUGGAGUCCCUCUCAAUCUGUGUCCGUCUUUGUGAACAGGGAAUCAAUCCUGAAGCCUUGGCCUCAGUUAUUAAGGAACUGCGCAAGGCCACUGAAUCACUUAAAAUUACAGAGAAUAUGACUGGUUGACAUCAUUUUUGUGAUGGAGCUCUCAGCUUGGUGCCUACGCGAGGUCACACAGAAGUCAUUGUGAUGAAAGAUUGUACAAAGUUGGCAAAAGCAUAAUUUUAUAAGAUAAGAGAUGAUCACAGCAGGUUAAAUUAUGUAAACUGGAGUAAUCUGUUGUUGACAUGCAAAUAUUUGUCAACUACAAUGAAUUUGUUAAAUUCUGUUUAAAAUGUAUUGCUUCAAUGGAUUUUUUUUGGAAAUUUGUGUUUUUGAAAAAAAUAAGAAUGGUCUUUCAAGCACUAACCUCUUGCAGAGGGUGUUACUAAAACUGAUACAAUGCAUUUUAACUUUCAUUACUUGUCUGGAAAUGCUUGUUUGCAUUUGACCUUAACUCUGAUACUGUAAUUGUUCUGUGUGUGUGUGUGUAGCUUUUUUGCCUUAUAAAACUAAAAAAAAAUUUCUAUUCAAGGCAUGUCAUGACAGUACAAAUACAGAUUAUACUGAAGCUCGUCCUUUAUGAGAUUUUUUAUUGUACUAGGCAUCAGCUAAAUCAUAAUUGGAAUGCAAGUAUGGUAUAUUUACAAAGAAAAGUGAUUUAUUGUUGUCUUUCCCUUCAGAAUUAUAAACAGUGCUGUCGCAGUCUGCUGAUAAUAAGCAAUUCUAAAAUUAAACCUAAUGAUUUGUGCUAUUCUGAAAUGAUAGUUGGUAAUGCAAUGAUUUACAAUUUCUGAAUUAUUUUUAUUAAGUGGUAUGGCAUUUUAUUAAAAGUUUCAGUAUAUCAACAUGUAGUUUUGUCCCUAAACAAAUUAAUCAGCAUGUUAAAGUUUGUGCAUGUUAGAUAUUUUAAGUAUUAUCUGUGCAUAGAUACCCAACCUAUCCAUAAAUUUUGUUUCAAUUUUUCUAAUAAUUGAAGCACUUUUGUUCUUACAAAAUACAGUACAAGCCAUGUGUUUUAAUAACACAGGUAAAUGUUACAGUAGCUAUUGAAAAUGCACACCAUAUAUAAAUAAAUAUU